AUGCAGCCUCCCACUGAGGGCCCCCCUCCUCUCAGCCCCGGGGUAGACCACUCCCCCUCUGAUGGUACCGAUGUGGCGGAUGUCUGCUCGAGCGACGUGUCCCUGCCGUCGUUGGUCACGGCCGACCCCUCGCCGGCGGUCCGCGCCGAGGACUUGACGCCGGCUCCGCCACCGCGUGCGGCCCCCGUUGUCCGGGUGGUCGGUGCGCCGAAUCCCGGCUCCGACGUGGAAAUGCUCAGCGACUUGCCGGAGCUGCCGUCCUCCAACGCCGAUGAGGUGGUCUAUGUGAUCGAGUACAUCGAGGUCGAUGAGGAUGGGGUGCCCACCACCGGGUCGCCGAUGUCCGACUGCACGCGCGAGCUCGAGCUCGUCACCACCACCGUCACCUCGACCACCCUCACCACCGCCACGUCGGUCACCACCAAGACCACGGAGGUGGUGUCCCGGUCGACGUCGGUGUCUCCCGGUGCCGCGGCCCCCUGCACCGAUGACGAUGACCCCUCGGCCGAUGGGCCAGCCACCACGGUCACCACUACCACCACCACCACCACCACCACCGUGCCGCUGGUGUUGCCCGGUCAGGAGCCCGCGGCCCCUGAUGCUGGUGAAACCCAUGUCCACGUCACCAGGGAGGUGUCCAUUUCGCCGCCGGUUACCCCCCGCGCGCACAUCAUCCCCCCGUCCACCGCUCCCGAGGAUGACGAGGGCCAUGCCGUCCAGCCAGAGGCCGAUGCCGGCGAUGAGCAGGACUCCGACUCCAACUCCGAGUCCGAGUCCGAGUCCGGCGAUGGCGAGCGCGACGAGGAGGAGGCUGCUUCCCCCACUGUUGCCGAUGCCAACACCGGUGUCACUCAGUCGACUGGGGACCUGCCCCCGGCCACCGCCGUCACCUUCGGGUCCAUGGGCGCCGCCGGCGGGUCCAUCGAGAGUAUCCUGGCCGCGGCUCAGGCGAUGGCUCUGGCCGCGGCUGGCUCCCCGCCGAGUCUCCCCCUGGACGCCCGUCGGGCGUCUCUCACUGGCAGCCACGGCUCUCUCUCGGGCGGUGCGCUCGAGCCGGCUGCCGAGACCGCGGCUGCAACCACCUCCGCCGCCUCGGCCGCAGUCGCCGAACCUUCGGACAAGGAUGACCACACGUCCGAUCUGCUGACCGAUGAGGAUUCGGUCUCCGAGGAUGAGUCUGAGCUGACCUCCGGGUGUUUGUCGGACUCUGCCUCGGAAGCCACCUCGGAGGUUGCCUUUGAGGCCGUCGACGUCGAGGCGGCCACUGCCGCCGCCCCCAUGCCGCCUAUCUCUGCUGAGCCUGCCGCCGAGGCCGCCGUCGAGCCUGUUGCCGCGCCUACUCUGCAGUCCACCCCAGAGCCCCCUGUGGUGGUCCCGAUCUCCACCUCUGCCCCUGCCCCUGCUCCCACUGCGGACCCGAGCCCGGCCCCGGCCCCGGCCCCGGCCCCGGCCCCGGCCCCUGCGCCAGUGGCUGUUGCCUCGCAAAAGCCCCUGUCGGUGUCGACCGUUUCUCCUACCAGUGAGGUGUCCUCGGGCUCCGCCUCUUCGGCUGUUUCGCCGACUGCCUCAUCCCCAACCUCCCCGAAGGUUGGCAAGGCGACCCCCACAAGUGGCGGCACUCCGGCCGCUGCUGCCGCUGCUGCUGCUCCACAAAUCAGCGCCGCCGAGGCGGCCAUGAACCAUUUCUACCGGUCCUCGCACUGCAUCCCCCAUCGCUUUGUGGAGGAGAGCUCCUGGUUCAACAAGCGGUGCUUCUCUUGCAGCAAGCCCAUUCGCGACCGGCUGUUGACCAAGUGCACUGAGUGUUCCCAUUUCUACCACCGCAGCUGCGCCAAGAAGGAGGCCCCCAAUUGCGGCCUCGCAAGCAUCAUCAAGGCCAUGCAUGAGAUGGCUUCAUCCUCUUCGCUCCUCGAGCAGCCGGCGCCGGCCGCCGCCAACACCACCGCCGCUCCGGCCCCGGUGGCCGGAUCCACGGCCGAGGAGGACACCGACCAAGUGGACAACAGCGCUCCUGUCAAUCUGGUGGCCACGCGCAUGAUGAAGCACAUUGGUGAUGACAUUUUCGGUGUGCCGCUGGAGUCGCUGGUUGCCGAUGACAACGGCCUGCCACCCAUCGUGGCCCAGUGCCUUGGUGUGCUCGAGCAGCGCAAUGGCUUCUUCGUGGAGGGCAUCUACCGGAUUUCGGCCACCAAGAGCGACAUCAACAAGCUGCGCACGCACUUUGCCUUUGGCCGGCCGAAGCUCGAGGAUGAGGACCAGUGGCCGGAUAUCAACGUUGUCACGGGUGUCAUCAAGCUCUGGCUGCGCGAGCUGCCCAUCCCCCUGCUGACCUUCGAUCUGUAUGACGACUUUGUCGAGUUGGCGCGGUACUCCAAGGCCAAUCGCAUGGAUCCGAUUGCCCUGCGGGAUCUCACCCGGAGACUCCCGCCAGUGCAUUACCGCGUGCUUGCCUUCCUGAUCAACCACCUGGCCAAGGUGGUUGAGCACUCGGAGUACACCAAGAUGGCCUCCUACAACCUGGGCGUGGUCUUCGGGCCGACACUGAUGCGUAGCCCGGACGGCAGCAUCCGCAACAUCGAGAUGCAGAACUGCAUUGCCGAAUCGCUGAUUUCCUAUCAUAAGAUCGUCUUUGACCAGGCCGAGUCGCCCACCUCAUCUUGAGCGCAAGACUACACACUGUGAGGGUGAGCGUCCCCCCCCCCC